AUGGGUAUGGCAGAGGAUGUGGUGCAGGAUAGAUUCUGUCACACCCUGCACCGUGGGUGUGGCAGAGGGUGUGCAAGCCAAGAGACUGAGAACCUCAAGAGGAUCAACCACGUACUCACAGAAACAGUGGCCAGGCUGGAGGAAGACAACAAAACUCUCAGAGAAAGGGAGCUCAGGGAUCGCGAAACCGUAAUAAAUGAGUUGGUGGGAGAAAUGCAGAAGACAACAGACAGAGAUUUCUUCAGAGAGAAGAAGCUCUCGGAGUUCGAGUUUGAGAAGAAGAGAGCAAGGGAUGAGAAGUUGUUGAGUGGAAGAAGACCCAUCGGUAAUGCUGUCACCGAAGGCAGGUUCAUGGCCUUCGGUACCGGAGCAACUCAACUCAUGAAUGCUCUUGUCUAUGCAUUGCCGCCGGAUGCCAGCAACGAUUCUUCAGUUUCUCCUGCCAGAGUGUACAAGACUCAAACGGAGCUGCUUGACUUUAGGGCGAACAAAUGGGAAGGGAACGCGCCUGACUGGAUAAACUCGUCAGAUACCAAUUUCAGAGAAAUCGUGAUUUCACCAAACAAUCCUGAACGGGAUCUUCAAACAUUCAGUCCUCGGAGGCUCCUUGGUCAUCUACGACCGAUGCUACUACUGGCCUCACUAUUCUACCAUCCUAUCUCCAGCUGA